AUGGAGCACGGCAUCGACACACCCAAAUUCCUCGAUGGCAUGUUCUCAUGGGUCCUCCACGACAAGAAGCAGGACAGAGUCAUUGCUGCCAGAGACCCCAUCGGUGUCACCACCUUCUACAUGGGCCGUUCCAGCGAGACCCCUGGUGCUGUUUACUUCGCUUCUGAGUUGAAGUGUCUGCACCCUGUCUGCGACAACAUUAUCGCUUUCCCUCCUGGUCACGUCUACGACUCGAAGACCGACAAGAUCACCCAGUACUUCACCCCCAAGUGGCUGGUUGAACCCUCCAACAUUCCCACUACUCCCGUCGACCUCAAGACCCUCAGAACAAAGUUCGAGAGAGCUGUCAGAAAACGUCUGAUGGCCGAGGUUCCCUACGGUGUUCUUCUAUCUGGUGGCCUGGACUCCAGUUUGGUCGCUUCCAUCGCACAGAGAGAGACUCUGAGACUGCAGGCUGCACACAACGCACAACAGUCGCAGAACGGCUUUGCAGACGGCGAGGAGGAGCUGGCUGGAAUUGACGAGGACUACAAGCUCAACACUGUCCCAGUUCUGUCUCAGCUCAACUCCUUCUCUAUCGGUCUGCCCGGCGCUCCCGACAGCAAGGCUGCUCUUGAGGUUGCCAAGUUCUUGGGCACCAAGCACCACAACCUUACUUUCACCAUCCAGGAGGGUCUUGACGCCCUGUCGGAUGUCAUCUUCCACCUCGAGACUUACGACGUUACCACUAUCCGUGCUUCGACUCCUAUGUUCCUUCUCAGCAGAAAGAUCAAGGCUAUGGGUAUCAAGAUGGUUCUGAGUGGAGAGGGCAGUGACGAGAUCUUCGGCGGUUACCUCUACUUCCACAACGCUCCUGACAAGAAGGCCUUCCACGAGGAGACUGUCCGCAGAGUGCGCAACCUGCACUUGGCCGACUGCCUGAGAGCCAACAAGUCGACUUCGGCUUGGGGUCUCGAGGCCAGAGUGCCUUUCCUGGACAAGGAGUUCCUCGAGUACUCGAUGAACAUCGACCCGGAAUCCAAGAUGAUCGACAAGGACCACAUCGAGAAGUACAUCAUCCGCAAGGCAUUCGACACAUCCGACGAGCCCGGCGAGAAGCCCUACCUGCCUGACAACAUCCUCUGGAGACAGAAAGAGCAGUUCAGUGACGGUGUUGGUUACGGCUGGAUCGACGCACUGAAGGACAACGCAGAGCUCCACGUGAGCGACGAGGACAUGAAGAACCCCAAGGCUGAGUGGGGAGACGACAUUCCCGACACCAAGGAGGCAUACUGGUACAGAUGCAUGUUCGACGAGCACUUCCCUCCUUACUGCGCCUCGACUGUCAUGAGAUGGACACCGACAUGGUCCAAGCAGACAGACCCCAGUGGUCGUGCUAUUGCCGCACACGCCCAAAAGUACGCACACGCUUAA